UCCUUAUUCCUUGUUAUAUUUAUGUCGAACGGUGAUUUCGGUAACCUCUUGACAAGCCGCUGUAAAUCUUGUUUUUUUGAAUUACACAAGGAUUAUUUAACUACACAAUAAAUAUGUCGACGAUAUCAGCGACUGAGGCCCCGCACCUUCAACAAAUUGACUUGAAAACAUUCAACCUCCAACAGCUCGGACAACUUAAGCAACAAAUUGAUCAAGAACUCACGGUUUUCCAAGAUUCUCUUCAAACCCUUAAAGUAGCUCAAAAUAAAUACCAAGAGUCUAGUGUGUGUCUCGAAAAAGUAACACCGACGUCCAAGGGAAGAGAAAUUCUAGUGCCGUUGACGGAUUCAAUGUACGUACCAGGAAAGUUGGCAGGCACAGGGACUGUUCUCGUUGAUAUCGGUACUGGAUACUAUGUUGAGAAAGAUAUUGAAGACGCCAAGGAUUAUUUCAAAAGAAGAGUCAUUUAUGUGACAGAGCAAAUGGAAAAAAUUCAAAUGGUCUGCAUGGAGAAGAACAAAAUAAAAGACACAACUAUGCGCAUUAUAAAAAUGAAGCUCAGUGCUUUACCUCAAGCAGAAGGUGUUGAAAAAGCAUAAAGCCUAAUCGUUGGCCAUAAAUCUGUCAAGCACUGACAAAUUUCAGAAUCCCUGAAUUAAAGAGAUAAAAUAAUAUCAAAACUUACACUAUUGAAACGCAUCACAUUUUAUUUCUCACAAUCUAAUAGAAAGCCCAAGAAACAAUUUGAAUUUUAAUGAACGAAUAAUCUUGAACAUCGUUUGUACAUUAUCAAUUCUUUCUAAUUUGAAUUCAAUUCGGUACAGAGUUUCUUGAACGAUAUUGGAAACAUCACUCAUUUUUCAAUUGAACCCUCCAUUGAAAAUGGACCCUGAGAAUUCACAUUUUCAUACAAAUAAUCGCUGACCAACGUUUACGUGCUUAUAAGACUCAGAAUUGUUGGGCAACGGAUCACAUGAAAAAUUGAGUCAUAUGUAAACGAUGAAAAAUUCAAACUCAUUGUCCAUACGUUCGACUAAAGUGAGCCUUCGAAUCUUUCAAUUCUUUUUGUUCAUCGCCCUCUGUUAGUAAAUCUUUGCGGACUCCUCAUCUAUUUCGUUCUUUUUUACACUUAAAGACCUAUAGAUUUUGUAAUAGUUUGUUAUUAUUAUUAAAAAUGCCUCACAUUAAAGUAAUAUUAUUAUAAAAUAA